CUCCACUUGUCCUCUCUCUCUUCCUCUCUGUUCUUUUCUCCACCCCCUCCCCCCGUGACAGAGCACACCUGCCUGAUCUUGGCUGCAGGCGUCCACACAGUGAUCAGCCUUCGGCCUGCCGCGCUGUACAUCGGCUCCAGCCCUCUCUGGAUUUGCGGAUCUUUGUCUGCAGCUCUACAUGCUCCUGUACGUGCAGGCCUCCAUCAGCAACAUGAAAUCGGCCUGUCUCUCCCUGCUUUUGGUGUCUGUAUGCUGGGCUUUGCCCUUCCGUCAGUCCGGCUUUAUGGACUUCAUGAUAGAGGACGAACAGGGCUCAGGUUCACCCAUGCCUCCGACUCGUAGACCACCCGUUCAGACGCCCCCUGUGCUAACUGAGGAACCCGAAGGAUCUUUCUGCCCUUUCCGGUGCCAGUGUCAUCUGCGAGUGGUCCAGUGUUCUGAUCUAGGUCUGAAAAACGUUCCAGAAAAAAUCCCACUUGAUAGCACUCUCCUGGAUUUGCAGAACAACAAGAUCUCAGAGAUCAGGGAAAACGACUUCAAAGGCCUGAAGGGUCUCCAAACGCUCAUCCUGGUUAACAAUAAGAUCACCAUCAUUCAUGCCAAGGCCCUUUCUUCUCUUAUCAAUCUGGAGAGACUGUACUUGUCCAAGAACCUCCUGAAGGAUGUUCCUGCUAACAUACCGAAAAGCCUCCAGGAGCUGCGUAUUCACGAGAACCAGAUUACCAAGAUAAAGAAGUCCUCCUUUGCCGGCAUGGCCAAUGUCAUCGUCAUGGAGCUGGGCUCGAACCCUCUGAGUAGCUCUGGAGUUGAUAAUGGUGCUUUUGCUGAUCUGAAGAGGGUUUCUUACAUCCGAAUAGCUGACACCAACAUCACCUCCAUUCCCAAAGGUCUGCCCAGCUCUCUUUUUGAACUUCACUUGGAUGGUAACAAGAUCACUAAAGUGACUGCAGACAGUCUGAAGGGCCUCAAGAACCUGUCCAAGCUGGGUCUGAGCCACAAUGAGAUCAGCGUGGUGGAGAACGGCUCUCUGGCCAACGUGCCUCACCUGAGGGAACUUCACCUGGACAGUAACAUGCUGACUGCGGUCCCGGCUGGCCUGCCAGAACACAAAUACAUCCAGGUGAUCUACCUUCACUCUAACAAGAUUGCUGCUGUGGGAACAGAGGACUUCUGCCCACCCGGCUAUAAUACAAAGAAGGCCAUGUACUCAGGCAUAAGCCUGUUCAGUAAUCCAGUGCCCUAUUGGGAGGUCCAGCCCAUCACCUUCCGCUGUGUCUUCGACCGCUCGGCCAUUCAACUGGGCAACUACAGAAAGAAAUAGACCGUCCCAUCAGAUGCCUUAGUCACUGUUUCUCCCGCCCCUUCCUGUCUGACCUAAUCCUAUCAAGCACAUAAUUUAGUUUCAAUGUCAUAUCUACAAUUCCAUUUUCAACAUGCAGUUCACUGGACAGAUGUCACAUGAUGCUUUCAAAUAGCCAAAUGCAUAUCAGUAUAAUGUACUGAACAUACAUAUUGGGUUGAUAUAUAUGUGCAGAGGAGAACAGAAAAGAAAAAUAAAGAAAGUGAAGCCAUGACCACUUAGAAUAUCCAAUAGUGCACAUCACCCCGAAAUUAUCUUUUUGUCGAAGAUCUGUCCGGAUCUUCUGGACCUAAGCCAUGUUCUUCUAUGUUCUUCGCUGGCCUGCGGAGCGGGCAGCAAGGGGUUAACACAUGUCAGCCAGUGCCAUUAACAAGAGCUUGUAUGCUAGAAUGUACUCAGUUAUUACUUUCUGUGUCACGCUAGUUCAGAUUGUGCUGUUAAAAAUCGUUGUUCCUCCUCAUGUAAUCAGUUGAUUACGUUGAGGAGGAAGUUGGGCUUUAUAUGAGUUUCUCUUCGUCUCAAAUUCAGAUGUUUUGCUGACAUUUGUGUUCAUUCGUUUGCUCAGAUCCCAUCUGCUCUACCCAGGUGAACAUAGCGCUUCGAGAUGUAGAAUUAACUAUGUUGUCAUUACGAUAAAAGUGAUUCCCAAGCCUAUACGCAUGCUUUUGCUGCUCUGGUGACUGCGAGCUUAUGCGUGUGUGUGUUUCUUUCUUUCUUCGUGUCUGUUGAUUGUCUGUGUGUUUCAGUCUGGAAGGAUCGGGAGGGAGACGGCGGACAUGGACACCUCCUGCUUUCAUGAGAGUCAUGAAUGUCUCUUGUAUAGACGCUGUAUAUAAAUGCUGUAUAAAAGAAUCCUAUCAAUGCUUUGAAGCACAAGCACUUAGUUUGGACUUUAAUAUAUCGGCAAUAAAGGUAAUCCCUUUCUUCUCUC